GAAGCUUCUAGACGCUUCUGGAAGCUGCCGCGUUUCUCGAAGGCUCUGGCGAAGCUGGCAGCGGAUAUUUAAGCGGAAGCAGCCGAAGCAGCAUCACUCUCGGGUCGACGUCUGGUCCGAGAGGAAUGGUUGGUUUUCCUCGAAUUACUCAUUAAAUAACCGAAACCACACUAAACUAGAGUCUUUUAAACGGCAGCCUGCAAGAUGCCUGAAGCACAUGAUCAGCCCAUGGAGGAGGAGGUGGAGACCUUUGCCUUUCAGGCAGAGAUUGCCCAGCUGAUGUCUCUGAUCAUCAACACCUUCUACUCCAAUAAGGAGAUCUUUCUCAGAGAGCUUAUCUCUAACUCAUCAGAUGCUCUAGACAAAAUCCGAUAUGAGAGCCUCACAGAUCCGUCUAAGUUGGAUUCUGGAAAAGAUUUGAAAAUUAACGUCAUUCCGAACAAAGAAGAACGUUCCCUGACCAUAAUUGACACUGGCAUUGGGAUGACCAAGGCCGACCUCAUCAACAACUUGGGCACUAUUGCCAAGUCCGGGACCAAAGCCUUCAUGGAAGCCCUGCAAGCUGGUGCUGACAUUUCCAUGAUUGGACAGUUUGGUGUGGGCUUCUACUCGGCCUACCUGGUGGCUGAGAAGGUGACUGUCAUCACCAAGCACAAUGACGAUGAGCAGUAUGCGUGGGAGUCAUCUGCUGGAGGGUCUUUCACUGUCAAAGUGGAUACAUCUGAACCUCUGGGCCGUGGAACAAAGGUGGUCCUGCAUUUGAAGGAGGACCAGACAGAAUAUCUUGAAGAACGAAGGGUGAAAGAGAUUGUGAAGAAGCAUUCUCAGUUCAUUGGCUACCCCAUCACACUUUUUGUGGAGAAAGAGCGUGACAAAGAGGUCAGUGAUGAUGAAGAAGAGAAAGAGGAGGAGAAAGGGGAGGAAGACAAGAAAAGUGACGAGGACAAGCCUGAAAUUGAAGAUGUGGGCUCUGAUGAGGAUGAGGAGCAGGAGAAGAGCUCUGAUAAGAAGAAGAAAAAGAAGAAAAUCAAGGAGAAGUACAUUGACCAAGAGGAGCUCAACAAAACGAAGCCCCUCUGGACCCGUAACCCAGACGACAUCACCAAUGAGGAGUACGGGGAGUUUUACAAGAGCCUGACUAAUGACUGGGAGGACCACCUGGCUGUAAAGCACUUCUCUGUAGAGGGCCAGCUUGAGUUCAGGGCUCUGCUUUUUGUUCCAAGAAGAGCCCCUUUUGACCUUUUCGAAAACAAGAAGAAGAAAAAUAACAUCAAGCUAUACGUGCGCAGAGUCUUCAUCAUGGACAACUGUGAAGAGCUCAUCCCAGAGUAUCUCAAUUUCAUCAAAGGUGUUGUGGACUCUGAGGACCUCCCUCUGAACAUCUCCAGAGAGAUGCUGCAGCAGAGUAAGAUCCUGAAGGUGAUCCGCAAGAACCUGGUGAAGAAGUGCCUGGAGCUCUUCACUGAGCUGUCCGAGGACAAGGACAACUACAAGAAAUAUUAUGAGCAGUUCUCCAAGAAUAUCAAGCUUGGAAUACAUGAAGACUCUCAGAAUCGCAAGAAACUCUCUGAGCUCUUAAGGUACUAUACCUCAGCAUCAGGGGAUGAGAUGGUCUCCCUCAAGGACUACGUCACUCGGAUGAAGGACAACCAGAAGCACAUCUACUACAUCACUGGAGAAACAAAGGAUCAGGUGGCCAACUCUGCUUUUGUGGAGCGUCUGCGCAAGGCAGGUCUUGAGGUGAUCUACAUGAUCGAGCCCAUUGAUGAAUACUGUGUCCAGCAGCUGAAGGAGUUUGAGGGCAAGAACCUGGUGUCAGUCACAAAAGAGGGUUUGGAACUUCCUGAGGAUGAGGAGGAGAAGAAAAAGCAGGAAGAACUCAAGAGCAAAUUUGAGAACCUCUGCAAGAUCAUGAAGGACAUUUUGGAGAAGAAAGUGGAAAAGGUUACAGUGUCCAAUAGGCUGGUCUCCUCUCCCUGCUGCAUCGUAACCAGCACAUAUGGCUGGACUGCCAACAUGGAGAGGAUCAUGAAGGCACAGGCACUGAGAGACAACUCCACCAUGGGCUACAUGGCUGCUAAAAAGCACCUGGAAAUAAAUCCAGACCAUCCUAUCAUUGAGACCCUCAGACAGAAGGCGGAGGCCGACAAGAAUGACAAAUCUGUGAAGGACCUGGUCAUUCUGCUGUUCGAGACGGCGUUGCUGUCUUCUGGCUUCACAUUGGAUGACCCUCAGACUCACUCCAACCGCAUCUAUAGGAUGAUCAAGCUGGGGUUGGGAAUUGAUGAGGAUGAUCUGACCACUGAGGAAAGCAGUUCUGCUCCUAUUGAAGACAUGCCCCCACUAGAAGGAGAAGAUGAUACCUCCAGGAUGGAGGAAGUAGAUUAGAGCUACAGUAAAAGACCAAGUUCACAGUAGAACUGUAAAUAAUUAGAAUGGCUGUUGCAUUGCACAUUGUCUGAGAAUGCUUCCUUUGUCCCUGUACAGCUUGGAUCUCUGGCAGUGCGGUGGGGGGGGGGGGGGACAUCUCACCUGACUGCUCUUGUUUCUGUCUAGUUCUUGACACUUUCUAUUUAUUGACAUUCCAGUUUGGUCUCUUGUGUGAAAUGAAUGCAUUGUAUAAUGGCAAUUUAAGGGUUUGAAAUGGUUGUACCAGAACAAAUAAAAAUUCAGAAGUCUGCCAUUUAUUUGAGUGAGAUGGACAAGUAUUUAGAGAACACAGCAUUGAAUCCCCACUGUAAUAUGCAUUAAACUUUCACUACUGGAUAUUUAAA